UUUACCACGAUCUCCUAUCGUGUCUCAUGUUAUAAAGGACUCGUCAACUUCCGUCAGUUUUUAUGUGUUUCAAUUUAGGCGAGAAGCAGCAUUCUAGAAGAAGCAUUCCAAAGAAAGAAUUUCUUACAUGUUACAAAAACCUAAGUUGAUAGAAAGCUGAAUAAUUACCGGUUCGUUGAAACGGUGAUUGAUUGAGUAUCGUGAUUGAUUGUGAAUUUUUCUUUGUUGAUUUUCCAAGUGGAAUUGGAUAAAUAGAAAAAUAUUUCCCGCUCUAUACACCUAGAAACGCUAGUGAGAUGACACGGAGAAGUAAAAACUAUCUUGAAGACAUGUUGGACAUGUCAGAGUUUCCAAACAUUAACGACAGUCAAAGUGAAAUUCCCCAAUUCUUCGCGGGAUGCACCGUGUUAGUAACGGGUGGUUCCGGUUUUCUCGGCCAACUUCUAAUAGAGAAAUUAUUGCGAUGCUGCCCGGAUAUAGAAAAGUUGUACAUAUUCAUGAGAGCAAAAAAAGGAAAAACCCCCGAACAAAGGUUCGAAGAACAUUUCAAUGACCCUGUUUAUGACAGAUUAAAGAAAGAGCAGCCCAAUUUUAAUACCAAAGUAAUAAUGAUACAUGCCGAUUUAAGCAAGUUGGAUCUCGGAUUAUCAAAGGAAAAUCGAGAAUGUCUUUUGGACACAAAUGUAAUAUUCCACGCAGCAGCGACCGUACGAUUUAAUGAAUCGAUUCGAAUUGCAGUGAAUAUAAAUAUAAGAGGGACAAAGCAGCUUCUUCUCUUAGCAAAAGAAAUGCCGAAGUUAAAGUCAUUCGUUUACGUAUCUACUGCAUUUUCCCAUUGUGUAAAUAAUUUCAUUGAAGAAAGAUAUUAUCCUACGCCUAUGGAAACGGAUAAGAUUUUGACUUUAAUCGAUAUUAUGGACGAUAAAAAAUUGGACAAAUUUAUGCCAACAUUAAUAGAUGACUGGCCGAAUUCAUAUGCAUAUACAAAGGCGAUCGCUGAAGACACUGUUCGACAAUACAGCAUAGGAAUUCCAGUUUGCAUUGUACGACCAUCAAUUAUAACAUCAACCGCUGAGGAACCAGUGAGUGGCUGGAUCAACAACGUAUAUGGAGCAGUCGGUGUUGUCAUGGGUAGUGCCAUAGGUUUAUUACGUACUUUGCAUUGUGAUCCUAAUAAAGUGGCAGACAUGGUGCCCGCUGAUUAUGUUAUUUCGCAUCUCAUAGUUGCGGGUUGGGAUACCGCCAAAAGAAGAAAUACUUUAUUGAGCAUCGAGAGCGCAAAUCCGGAUGUUCCAGAAACUGAGAGAGUGCCAAUUUACAAUUACGUGUCGAUAUGCCAAAAUCCCAUUACUUGGAAGAGAUUUAUGAAAUUAAAUGAAAUAUACGGCAUGCAGGUACCAAGCACACAUGUUAUGUGGUACUAUAUGUUUUUUCUAAACAAAUAUAAAUUCGUGCACGAUAUGUAUGUGAUAAUUCUGCACAUGAUACCCGCUGUAAUAGUCGACACUGUGCUCUUUCUUAUUGGCCGAAAACCCAUGUUAUUAAAGAUAUAUAAGAAGAUAAACCAUUUUACCUCUAUAAUAGCGUACUUUUCGUCGAAAGAAUGGCAAUUCAGCAAUGACGCCGUUGUAAAGCUCUGGAGUCGUGUGACUCCAGCUGAUCGCCAGAUUUUCAAUUUCAAUAUAAAUAACUUGGAGUGGGAAUUAUAUCUCAAGAAUAUGAUACCUGGUAUGCGCUUAUACAUAGCUAAAGAUCCGAUGGAUACCUUAGAUAAAGGACGUGAGAAAUACAGGAGAUUAAAGGUCUAUCAUUAUUCUUUGUUAACGGUUAUUAUGGUUUUAUUAGUAUGGGGUGUCAUAAGCUUAAUAAAUCGUAUGAUAUCUUUCUUGUAAUUUAAUAAAUCGUAUAAUGUCAUCUUGCAUCCUUAAAAUGAAUAUCUUUAGUUAAUGGAAAUAAGUUAAGAUAAUAAGAUUAACGCGUGAUUAAUAGUGAGAAAUUACUAUCUUCUACGUUAGCCUCUUGCACAUACAUUGUAUUCUUAUUUCAACCUAGAAAGAGUCAGAGCUCUACACAUGAGCUCUUUUUUAUUCAUGUAUACAUGAGUAAUCGCUGAAUUGUCU